AUGAAUAAUGGUAGUGGUGGGGUUGGUCCUGCGGGUGGAUCUCCGCAACAGUCGUCCAAAAUUACGGACAACGGUUCUCCGUUUCUAACGACGGAAAUUCUGAGUGAUGCAGUGACUACAACUUCUUUGGACGCAUCGUGUGCUUCGCCUUCCCGAUUAGUAUCCCAUCGACUGUCGCAUACUUCUUUGUCUCGGCCGCUCACGCCGCUCUUUCUUCAUUCGCCCGCUCUGGGCUCGUCUCUCCCAAGCAGCCCAAAGUCUAUCUCUUCCAAAUCGUAUCGCCAUUCAGACGAAGAAUCGGUCCUCGACGACGCAGUGAGCCAAGCAAUGUCGAGUGGUGAAGACGAGGGCGAUUCGCCGAACGAGUCCUCGAUGCAAAGCAGUGCGCCACAACUCAUCAUGCCCAGUAUUCAAAUGCCUAGUCGGCGACCUUUUACUGAAAGAGGUAGGAAUAUGGGGCGCUUGAAGGUAUUGAUUGCUGGUGAUUCAGGAACUGGCAAAUCGUCCUUAAUUAAAUCUAUUGUUCAAACAUGUGAAGAUAUCGUGCACGUUGACCCGCUCAGUCCAAGUUUACCGACUCUACCACGAAAGUCUAGCACAAAGAGUAAUGAUGCGGCCAAACGCAAUAGCACAAAGGAAGUCGAGGAGGUAUAUGCUAGUACGAAGGCAUAUCCAUCUUGGUGGUCAGAUUUGGAGGAGAGUAGGAUACUACGGAGAAGGAAAGGCUCAGGCGAUGUCGUUCUCGAAAGGAACCUUUGUUUUGUCGACACGCCUGGCUACAGUAAUGGCACGGCUUUUCUGGACAACGUCGACUCUGUAAUCCAAUAUGUUGAAUCCCAGUUGUUUCGAACCGCUUCGAUGAUUAAUCUCAGCGAUGGCGAUAUCCUUGGCCUUCUCAGUGGAUCCGGUGGAGCACAGGUUGACGUUGUCUUCUAUCUCAUUCAAAAUGGUCUAAAAUCCGUAGAUAUCGAGUAUCUCCGCCGACUCUCCCCUCUAACCAACGUAAUACCACUUAUUUCCAAAGCGGAUAUCUCUACACAUGAAAACAUACUCAACCUCAAAAAAUCGAUACUUGCAGGACUCCAGGCCGCUGAUAUCCGCCCGUUCCUCUUCGGACGAUCUUUGGACGAUGUAAUGCAAUGCCCUGGCGCUUUUGCGCCUUACGCUGUGUCUUCCGCUACCUCCAAUGAUGCAGACAAUAUGGAUGCAAGUGUGCUUAUGAGUCCAGACUAUAUGCCACCGUUGGUGGAGACGGAGCUCAGAGCCCUGGUUGCACGAACUUUCGACAACAUACCUUGGCUGCGUCAUGCUGCGGCUAAGAAAUUCGUUCAGUGGCGGCAUCAUGCUUUGGCCAGCUCUAUGCUUUCUCAAAGCCUAACUACGUCCGUCCAGAAGAGCUCUUCCAAGCCUACGUCUCCCAAUGCCUCGCAAGCAUCUUCAAUUCUUGUUGCCUCCUCUGCGACAACGCCAUCUCAGGUUCUUGUCACCCAUGGCCGUGGCGCUUCCUCUUACGCCUUGGCAAGAGUCGCCGAUCACAAACAACGAGAGGAGCAUCUAGCACAGCUCAGCCUGGCAAAAUGGGCCAAUGAUUUGCAGCGGAGUCUGCAGAAUGAGAGGGAGAGAUUCGAAGCGUUAGCCAGAGGAGAGAGAGCUGUGUGGCUCACACAAAGGCUAGGUGAAUGUGUGAUUGAUGGCACGCUUCUUCCUGCUUCACUCGAGCACAGUGUUGCAUUAGUGAAGCAAACCGCCCACCGAGGCCCUAAGUCUUCCACGGGCAAAGAGAGAAGCGGUGCCAUGGUGAAUCCUCAUGACCCUCUUGGAUUGCUCCAAUGGAAUGAGGAUUUCAAGAGGCGCAGCUGGUUGGCCCUUCAGGUACUAGGCAGCUGCGGAGUGAUUGGGGGUCUUAUUGUUUGGCUCGGAAGGAACUGGUUCAUGAAUGGAGGAUCUUUGGUCAACUUGAACAGGUCAUGGUGGAUGGCCAACGAUAACGUCCGAUGGCGCAUUGGGAGCACUCUGCCCCGUCAUAGGGAAGACGUUCGGUUUCGCAUUCGUGCUUUUAUGAAAGCACUUAAUGGCGCGCAAAUUUCUGACAAGAUGUGGUUGACGUGGUGCUGCAAUUCGGUGAUUCGAAGCUUCUCUGAUAUUCAUUUCCCUUAUAGGUUAUUGAUCGACAUUCAUACCUUUCCCCUUCCCACUCUAUUCUCUCCAUUGCCUCGUUUGCCGGUUUCUACUUUUGAGUUCCAGGCUGAGAUCUCUCAGCUUCUUUCCCUCAUCAUCAACACUGUCUACUCCAACAAGGAGAUCUUCCUUAGAGAACUCAUUUCCAACGCCUCCGACGCCUUGGACAAGAUCCGCUAUGAGGCUCUUUCUGACCCCAGCAAGCUCGACUCCGGCAAGGACCUGAGAAUCGAUGUUAUUCCCGACCCGGUCAACAAGACUCUUACCAUCCGGGAUACCGGUAUUGGUAUGACCAAGGCUGACCUUGUCAACAACCUCGGUACCAUUGCCCGCUCUGGUACCAAGCAGUUCAUGGAGGCCCUUAGCGCUGGUGCCGACAUUUCCAUGAUUGGUCAGUUCGGUGUCGGUUUCUACUCCGCCUACCUUGUUGCCGACCGCGUCACCGUUGUCUCCAAGAACAAUGACGACGAGCAGUACGUCUGGGAGUCCAGCGCCGGUGGUACCUUCAAGAUCACCCAGGACACUGAGGGCGAGCAGAUCGGCCGUGGUACCAAGAUCAUUCUUCACCUCAAGGAUGAGCAGACUGAGUACCUUCAGGAAGCCAAGAUCAAGGAGGUUGUCAAGAAGCACUCCGAGUUCAUCUCCUACCCCAUCUACCUCCACGUCUUGAAGGAGACCGAGAAGGAGGUCCCUGAUGAGGAAGCCGAGGAGACCACCGAGGGCGACGAGAAGAAGCCUAAGGUUGAGGAGGUCGACGAGGAUGAGGAGAAGAAGGAGAAGAAGACCAAGACGGUCAAGGAGUCCAAGAUCGAGGAAGAGGAGCUUAACAAGACUAAGCCCAUCUGGACUCGCAACCCUCAGGACAUCGGCCAGGAAGAGUACGCUUCCUUCUACAAGUCCCUCUCCAACGACUGGGAGGACCACCUUGCUGUGAAGCACUUCUCCGUCGAGGGUCAGCUUGAGUUCCGUGCUAUCCUCUUCGUCCCCAAGCGCGCUCCCUUCGACCUCUUCGAGACCAAGAAGACCAAGAACAACAUCAAGCUCUACGUCCGCCGUGUCUUCAUUACCGAUGAUGCUACUGACCUCAUUCCUGAGUGGCUCGGUUUCAUCAAGGGUGUUGUCGACUCUGAGGAUCUUCCUUUGAACCUUUCUCGUGAGACUCUUCAGCAGAACAAGAUCAUGAAGGUCAUCAAGAAGAACAUUGUCAAGAAGACUCUUGAGCUCUUCGGCGAGAUCGCCGAGGACCGUGAGCAGUUCGACAAGUUCUACUCUGCCUUCAGCAAGAACAUCAAGCUCGGUAUCCACGAGGACUCCCAGAACCGCCAUGCUCUUGCCAAGCUCCUCCGCUACAACUCCACCAAGUCUGGUGAUGAGAUCACUUCUUUCGCCGACUACGUCACCCGCAUGCCCGAGCACCAGAAGCAGAUCUACUACAUCACUGGCGAGUCUCUCAAGGCUGUCCAGAAGUCUCCCUUCCUUGACUCUCUCAAGGAGAAGAACUUCGAGGUUCUCUUCCUUGUUGACCCUAUUGACGAGUACGCCAUGACUCAGCUCAAGGAGUUCGACGGCAAGAAGCUCGUCGACAUCACCAAGGACUUCGAGCUUGAAGAGUCUGAGGAAGAGAAGAAGGAGCGUGAGGCUCUCGAGAAGGAGUACGAGGAUCUUGCCAAGAGCCUCAAGAACGUCCUUGGCGACAAGGUCGAGAAGGUUGUCGUCAGCCACAAGCUUCUCGGUGCCCCUUGCGCCAUCCGUACUGGCCAGUUCGGCUGGUCUGCCAACAUGGAGCGUAUCAUGAAGGCUCAGGCUCUCCGUGACACCUCCAUGAGCUCGUACAUGUCUUCCAAGAAGACCUUCGAGAUCUCCCCCAAGUCUCCCAUCAUUCAGGAGCUCCGCAAGAAGGUUGAGGCUGACGGUGAGAAUGACCGCACUGUCAAGUCCAUCACCCAGCUUCUCUACGAGACUUCUCUCCUUGUCUCUGGUUUCACCAUUGACGAGCCCGCCAGCUUCGCCGACCGCAUUCACAAGCUCGUCUCUCUCGGUCUCAACAUUGACGAGACUGCCGAGCCUACCGAGGAGAAGGCUGAGGAGGCUGCUCCGGCUGAGGCGGCUGGUGAGAGCACCAUGGAGGAGGUUGACUAA